GAGGUGGAGCGAAGAGAAGCGAGAGUAUACGCGCGUUUAAAAUAAUAGGUAUACCUUGUUAUACGUUGGUUGUACAAGUGUGGAGAGAUCAGCCGAACCGAAGCCGACUCCGUUUUUUUCUUUUUUUUGUUUUUUUCUUUUCUUUUGAUCUCGUGCAUAGGGAACCGUGUAAUGUCAUGGUGUGCACACAAUAUACCCUAUGGUGUUUUAAAAGGAGCGCGCGUGCCAAAAGCUACAUAUACUCACUCCGUUCAGAAAAUAGAUUUGCAAUACAAUACAAAUGUACAUAGGCGUGUUGCCUCCGAUUUUAUUGUAAGACGUAUACGUAGAGAUUCGCGCCGUAACCCAGGGUGUGGAGUGUAUACAUUAUGGUAUUGGAAAUACCGAGUGGAGGAGGUGAUGUGAUUAUUGACAAGUGCUUGUGCCCAUCAGGAUAUUUAAAGAAUAUAUAGAGAUACAUAUAUACUUACACCGGGGGAAAACAACAAAACAAGAAAAAAACAAAAAACAAAAAACAAAAACGGAGCAGAGGCCGGGAUUAAUAAUGGUCAUGUAAGCCGAGGAUAAUGUGGCUGAGAAGCGAAAAUGUGGGCAGAAGGCUGCGCGGCCGCUUAGGUACAGCUGGUGCAACCAAGGAUACGGGCAGACGCGUCCAAGGGGGUACUGUUCGCAAAUCUUCGGCUAUCAACAGUAGCAGCAACAGCAAGUGCCCGAGGUUGUCGCGCUGGAGGAGGCGCUCACCGCAUCAUUUGAAAGAAGCAUGCAAAGAAAACGUUUCAAAUUUUGCAAAGUCUUCCCAGGUCAGGGAACGAUUGCCCUGCAGGCGAAAAUGCAUUAGACGCUCCAUCAUCACGUCCACUCCGCUGAACCGGCCUCUACCCACGGAUAAGCAUCCGAAAACAAACGCAAUCGCAAAAGUGUCCGAGGAGUCGAAGGAAAAUUGGAAUUUGGACUCGAUACCUCUGUACUCCCAGCCGGUGAGCAUAGCGGAAACCGUGUGUUCCUCGACACCGACAGGGGAUUACAACAACAUUAAACACCAGCCAGCCAACACUGUUGUUACCGAACUCAUGCCUCCGCCCGCCGAAACUGCUCAGCCGGACUUUUCGUGUCUACUGGACGAGGAGGCAAACAAGGCAAAUGUUUCUCCGAUUUUAGAUCUGCUCUCCUUGCAUUACUCGUCGAUAUGCUCGACGGCUAAUCAAUCGGACGAUUACUACAGCAUCGUCCACUCGACUUCCCUGUACAACAGCCGCGUGGCGUACUCGGCCGACAAGUACUUUCCGAACAACAAAUUUUCGUUGAUCAACAACAACGAAAACAACGACAAUGACGACAAUGACGAUAAUGACGACGACAAGGAGGAAUUUUCGAGGUACCCGUACACGGACAUGGAGGACGUGUCUUCAAAGUACGAGUCCACUCACGCCUAUCCGACCGCGAAAUACGACAAUUUGACGGACGUCGACGUCGACAUAACGAAUUUGGAUGAAGCAGCCGAUGUUAACGUCAACAUCGACGAGAGGUACGGAAACUAUCAGGAUGUCAAGUACAUCGAAGUCAGUAGCGAAGAGGUGGUGGAGGCGUGCGACGAAAAUAUGGUCACCAACGUCGUGGACGACCGAGAUUCGUUCGAUCCUUAUGUGUUUAUAAAACACCUGCCACCUCUGACGGCGUCGAUGAAGUCGAGAUGUCCCGCGCUUCCCUUGAAAACCAGAAGCAGUCCAGAGUUCAGUUUGGUGUUGGACUUGGACGAAACGUUGGUUCACUGCAGUCUGCAGGAAUUAUCGGAUGCAUCCUUUUCUUUCGAAGUUGAAUUUAAAGGGGCCAUUUAUACGGUGUUCGUGAGGACACGUCCAUUCUUUCACGAGUUCUUGGAACGCGUGUCCUCGCUGUACGAGGUUAUUCUGUUUACGGCGAGCAAACGCGUCUACGCGAACAAGCUGAUGAAUCUGCUGGAUCCCACGAGAAAACUCAUCAAGUUUCGAUUGUUUCGGGAGCAUUGCGUCUGCGUCAAUGGCAAUUACAUAAAGGAUCUGUCCAUUUUGGGCCGCGACUUGUCCAAAACUGUCAUCAUCGACAACAGUCCACAGGCAUUUGGAUAUCAGCUCGAAAAUGGUAUACCGAUAGAGAGUUGGUUUGCAGACAAGUCAGACAGUGAACUCAUGAAAUUGGUACCAUUUUUAGAAAGCCUUGUAUACUGGGGUGGAGAUGUCCGACCGAAAAUCAGAGAUCAGUUUCGGCUUUUUAGUUUUCUGCCAUCGGAUUAAACUUCAAUGGUUGUUUUAAAUCCCCGUAUCAAGGGAAAAAUCUUUUUUACUUUGAUAUAUAAAAUAAUGACAAAGAUUUUAGACCAUACAAAUAAUUAGCACCAAUUGGCACACCAAGUUUUUGUUACUCAUACGAUGAAUUAGAAGGUAAAGAUAAAAUUUUUAUGUAAAACCCCAAGGGUAUAAAAGUGUAUUUGUGUAUACACUUAUGAACUUAUAACCGCGUAUGCAUAAAUAUCAUGGAAUUGCAAGUGAACCACAGUAUAAAAAUUUUGCGAAAUUCUCCUUGAAAUAUACUCAAUUUUAAGGAGGACUUCCUGUUAACGCCAAGCGCACUGUGUCUCGCUUGCAUGAUGGUUAUUUAAAAAAUAGACGUACGCUUAUUUUAAAUUUAGAUUUUAAGUUUUACUUGAUUUUUUAGAAAAUUUUA